CUGCCCGCCGUACGAAAAACAAAUGUCUUUUUUCACAAACUUCAGGGGUGAAAGAAAAUCCUUCUGGUAGGGACUACGGAAGACGAGGACCUCCAUGGCCUCUAUCCCCCUUGAAUACUAACAAGGUAUUAAACCAUCGAUUUUGUUAUCGUCCUAGUCAAUGCAUUGAUAUGCAUGGCUUUGCAGAGUUUUCGUUUUUGUAUUCGUAGAGUCUAAAAAAAUUCCCGUAUAAAAACAAUCAACCCGAGGUACUACAUCUUUAGCUCUAGUAUCAGUAUCAGAGCGGAAGCUUUGCUAGCUCAUUUGUAUGAACCAUUCUUACACAGAGCGUCCAGUCCUCUUUUAAAAAACGGUGCAGUUGCAUCGAGCCCACAAUCAGAACCGGAACCGAAGCUGAAAUAUUUUUAAACAGAGUUAAAGCAGUUUUUCUUUUUUCCAUUAUCGAUCCGCAAAAAGAACUUGUAAUAAAUCGGUAGAACCGGUUGCAGGGUGCUGAAAUUUGACAAAAAUUGACCGAAACAAGAAUAAGGAGAAACAAUGUCUGCCGUCGAGUUUCCGGACAGCGACGGAAACGUCGUGACCUUGACCAAGCCGGCAGGGUCUUAUGCAUUGCAAAAGUACCGCAACCGCACUCGUACUACUGAUCGUAGUCAUAUAUGUGAAAAUCCCUUUGUCAAGGUAAAUCUAAAUCCGCAUGAAUUCUCACGACGCAGAGGAAACUUGUAUUUGCGAAUGCGAUUUAAGUAUAUUAGUGUUAGUGCGACUGCGAUGCCUUUGCACAGGAUAGGUCUGACUCCGUGACCAUCUUUACAUUUGGUAACUCGGCGCACUACUUGGUGGAGGACUACACACAGCCGAUUACCUACAACCACCUGACCAAUGUGUUGUUCGACGGGGUAAGGGAGCUUACGAGAGUGCACAACACAAGAACUCCCCCUGCUGCCCCUCAUUUGUCAUGCAAAGACAAAAAGCCACAGGCUGUUCCUGUUGCUGUCUCGUUGAGCACGACUUUUUGCAUGAGAAGUUCCACAAGAACACACCAAGCUGAAAACAGCACUGCAGUCCAUCAUGUCGUUUAAGUUUCUACAUACAGUAGCUAGAAGCUUCACUUCUGCUGUCUCCUUUUGUGUAGUUGCUGCUCAACAUCAGCAUGCAUUUUGAAAAAUGCGGGCCGACGCGGAGUUUUCAGUUGGGCAUUCUCAUACGCCUGCACUUGGGCGUGGAAACGGAAGAAGACCACGCGGAGCUGUUGAAAGCUCUGCGAGACCUGUUGGCGGGCCAGUUCGAAGAGUACAAUCGGGAUUUGGCCAUUGCGGAGACGAGCGACGGUACUACUUUGUGCCAUACUUUUGAAUAAAUAAAAAAGAUAUGAUGAUGAAAACCCUGCAACUGCGAUCGACAUUGACCCGCAUGAAAAGAACACGUUGUUUCGUUUGGUGCUUCUAGUAGGAUCUAUGAUGAUCUGGUGCAGUGAUCAUGUGCUUCUUUUUACUCGCUGCACUAGAAGUUGAAGUUCAUCUUGCGCCGGAGGACUCGUUGCAACGCUGAUCGAUACACUCAGGGGCUCUUCGUUCCGUGAACUUGUUUUUCUCCUUCAGCUUCCAUUGCCGUUAAUAUGCACUGAAGACGUGCACAAGGACAAGAAUAUAGAAAAAAACAAAGAGCGAACGCAAAAUCCUCUCAGGCGAACUGGUCCUGGUUUCGGACGCCAGCGCUUUUCUGACCGAAGACGAGUUUUCCUUUUGCUCGGAGCACGACAACGAGCCCGAGCCGGCGACGGCGGACGAGUUUUCGAUUUGCGAGGAGGACUCGGACGGGGUGGACUUUCCGUUCAUGCCGGCUGCGAGAUCCUGCUCCUCAGGCGAACAUCAGGAGGAAAAGAACGCUGAGAAAAAGAACGCAGAGGUCGUAGGCUGCCACGUGAAGUGCCCCAGCGGGAACCUACUGAAAACGCCACAGAAGGACGACGAACCGGUAUGCGAAAAGGACACCUACUGCAUUGGUAUAAAAAUACUAGAAAACUAUGCGUUUUUUCGUUGUAUUUCUUUUUCAUCUAUUUGCAUUUUUUCGAUUUUUUCCGAGCGCAGGGCCGCUCCUUAGCUUUUUUUCGUCGUGUUUGGUGCAGCGAUGAAACGCACAAAAUUAAAUAAAUCCUUCACACGACCACCUACUUAGGUGUUCUCCGUGCGGAAGCGCCGAUCGACGUGGAGUUGCUUGUCCAGAAUAACGGCGAGACCGCGUGGCCGGAAGGUACGUACCUGACCUGCGUGAGCGGCAGCGGCUUCGGUGUGCCCGAGAUGCAACUGGACAAGGUGGAAGUCAACGAGCUGGUGUCUCUGAGCUUGAAAUCCCUGCAGAAACAGGAGGCCAGCGAGUCGUACUGGAGCCUGACGGACGGUAUGCGGUUCUUCGGGCCCCUGAUCUACAUGACGCAGAUUUAAGAAUCAUGCAGAGUUGGGCAGUAGAUCAGAUUCUUAUUCUUUGAGACCACGCUCGGCUCCUGGUGGGACUUCACUCGAACUUGGUCAAAACCGUCCUCUUUACUGUAGUUCUGCGAAUACUAAACUUCAGCAUCAUCAUCCUCCAGUACUAAUCUUCACAAACUAACUCAUUCGAUGAAGCGAUUGAGUCACUAAAACUAAUCCGUGAAUAGAUCGUUAUCGUGAAGCUCGCGGAUGUAGUUUUCGAUCGGCCUACAGUGUUAGAUCCUUGUGCAGAUGAUUGAGUCCACGAGAAUGUUGUACCAGCACUUUGCAGCUUCCCCUUCCUAGGUUAUGGAGUUGCAGUAGCGACUUCGUAAGUAGGACAACUGUUGUGUACGAAAAAUGAUACUACUUUUCACGACUAAGUAAGUAGGCAGCCCAGGACCAGGUCUUUAUCCGCCGGGUUUCUUUUGCAGUGAGGCAGGUUACUCGAGGCGGGCCGGUUCCUGCAUCACCGCUGCCUACUUCUUGUCGCUGCAAAACAACUACACAAGUCUUCAACUACAACUUAGUCUUCUCUCCCUACAACUCUGCAAGUUUGGCCCCCGCCUCCACUCAGUUUCGAAAGUACUGUGGUGUGAAUUUGGGCGCGCGAAGCAAAUUACAACGACCCAAAGCAGGUCGAUUUCACGGAGCAGAAUUUUGAAAACCGAGUUGGGAGUUGACGAAAACUACCUGAUAAGGAAGCAAGAAUAGCAGACCACCUUUAAUAUGAUAAAGUGAUGCAUGCUCGAUGUUGUUUGAUCCCUCUUAUUUUCUAGAGCUUGAGCCCUAUCAUUGCUUGUUUCAUCAAGAACAGAGUGUCGGAAGUUAUUAAUUGCAGGUUGAGUUUGUAGAAGUGUUUGAAAGCACUUCGAAAUUCCCUGUGAUUGUGAAAUACACCUACAAGAUGAAGGUAGAAAUCAAUACCCAGCACGCCAAUUUAUCAGCUUCACUCCAAGAACAAGUAGAUAAUACACCUACAAGAAUCUUCUGAUUGUGCCUGAGCCAAGAUGUGAUUAUUCCGAACAAGCAACCGCAACGCGAGCAAUUCAUCCCGGAAAAAUCAUAGGUGGAUCACCUGUGGUCUCAAGAUAGAACACCUCGGCCUCGUUGCGGUCACAUCAACCAGAAGACAAAGUCGAGAAGAAGUGAAGAAACGAAAGGGUAUUUUUUAUCUUAGCGUGGUCAGCACACCCAUGUACAUGACCUAGCUCUGACGAAGGUCGUUCUCGCCCGCGAUUCUUGUUCACGACUCGUACACUAUGAGCCAUCUCUUGCUGUUGAAUACGUUCAAAGAAAAGAAAGCGUCGCAGCUUGUUGCGGCCUGGUUCUGGUGACAGUUUUACAAUUUUUAAUGGGUUUUGCUGAU